CCUUUACAUUACACCCAACCAACCCCUCUCCUCCACCCACUCCUACUGAGUUUAAAUAGCAGAGCUGUGUGUACCUCUGUGGGGAAAUCAGGACAGAGAGGACAGCAGUAAUCCAGUAUCCUGCUUUGGUUGUGCAGUGUUCAUGGAUCGGACCAUUUCUUGUGGAUCUGUAGAGCAGCAGCUGGAGCUGAAGGAGCUGGCCCAGGCUGUGAUUGGUCCACUGAAGAGGGGACUCUGUUCCUUCAACAACGUCUUAGAGAUGCUCCUCAGUAUAGACGCAGACAUCGUCCUUCCUGGAUGUCCGACCUUUAGCAAUGUCAGAUCAGAGAUUGAGAACAUGAAGCAGCAGAUGGAGGAGUCAGAGCAGGUGGCCACAAACAAGCUUCACUGUCUGGAUGAGGAGACUGAGCGUCUCACUGCAGAGCAGAGUCUGUUAGCAGAGCAGAAAAAACAGAGAGAGUCUGAGUUAAAGAAGCUGAAAACACAGCUGGAGUCCUACAGGUCCUCUCUGGAGAGUUACACUGAAGCUCUGGAGACAGAAAGGAGAAACCUGAAGUCAGCAGAAGACACCCUGGAUGGUAUGAGAAAGAGAAGGGAUAAUGCUGAGAUAGUGAGGAAUGUUGGGAUUGGUGUCUUAUUUAUCCCUUUCUGGGGGUGGAUUGCUGGAGCAGCUAUGAUCGCCGGUGGUGCCAUCGAAAUGAGCCAGGCCUCUGAUGCCGUAGACAGAGCUAAGAAGGAAGUGGAGAACUGUGAAUCUCAGGUGAAAUCAUACUCUGACAAAGUGUCUGAGUACGGAUCCUCCAUCGAUCAAGCUGAGCGUGACAUCCAAGAGGCUGACAGGAAGAUUAAUGAGGCCAAGGCCAAACUGCAGGCUCUGACUGUGAAGAGGGAGGUCGUUGCUGAUGUUCAGGCUAAAGUGAGACGAGCCGUCCAUCAGCUGGGGCUGCUGUGUGGGGCGGGGAGUGCAGCAGAGCUGCAGACCCGACACCAGAUCCUGCUGGAGCCUGUGGUGAAGGUGAUGGAGGAGAUGACAACAGCACUGGGUCACAUCACUGGAGAGAAUCUGCUGCACACAGAAGGUAUAAAGAAGCUGAUGUUGGACUUGAAGACGAACCAGAACAAACUGAAACAACUUCCUGACACCAAGAAGAGUUCAGAUGAUUAUUACUGAUCUGAAGCUCUGUCUGCUGUCAUGUAAUUUGUGGCUUCAUAGAAUUUCUCUUUGUCAUGUUUAUAGAGAUAUAUAGAGAUGUAUAAACAACAGACUAAAUAUAAGCAGCAGCUGUACUGUUACUGUGUUGGUGGGUCAAAUAAAUGCCUACUGAUCACAUGAUAUAGUAGAAUGUAUUUGGUGUUUCUUUACAUGUUGAAGGGCAAAUAAAAAAUGAGUUAAGGUGAAUAAUCUAUUUAAUAUACCUGCUCUAAAUGGACCUUACAGUGAGAAGCUGUUGUGGAAGGUGAGCUCUGUGAGCGCUGAUGCUCACUGAACUGCGGCGUCUCAGGUUGUAAACUGAAUCCACCCACACACAGAAGGGAUGUCUUCAUUGUUUACCUGAUGAUGGUUUUUUUUUUCCACAAUAGUCAAAGUGAUGUCUCUGCUCUUCAACAAACCUCUGUGAGUGCCAAUGUUUCAAUAUGUCCACAUUCAACUGUAAAUGACAAUAUUGGCACAUUUAAAAUAAAAAACAGAAACUUU